AAAGCCGGCGUUGGGUUCAUACCUACAUUACGGGAAGAGCGAAAGUAUGAGCCUGAAGAAUAGGUACCUGGCCACCUCAAUUACAUAGCUGGCCAUCAUUGGGUACAUUCCACUGGCCUGGGUCUCAAACAAGAACUUUUGCUUUCUUUUCGGGUAUAUGCGUAUCCAAGAUAAAUAUAUCACAUCCCUCUCACCACUUCCCGACAGCUUCAAAAUAAACAACCGCUGUCGCUCGGCCGAGCCCGAAAUCUUUGUCUCAUUGGUCGCCCAGAUCAGAGCCAUCAUUCACGUAGCCGCCCAGACCCUCGUGGACAUUCAGCCUACCUCGACUUCCAGCUCAUAUCGACUGCAGUAUUUGUACGCAGCCAGCCGAAUUACACACUUGACGUGGUUUUGUUUCCUCAGACCGGAUCGGAGCACAGUGGGCUACCUGAAGGCCACGACCUUUUGUGUUCAACUACUGUAGAACGGAUCGAAGCCACACUUAUUAGUGCACUGGUCAUUCAGAUUACAACGGCGGUUUUCUACCACAUCUAAGUGACGGCAAGGAAAUUCGCCGGCAACGCUGAAAUUUCCGUGUUCGGCU